AUGAUUAUAAUUUUUAUGAUUCUUGUUUAAAACAUUGCUCUUUCUCUAAUGUUUGCCCUUCCAGAUUCAAGGAAAACUUUUCUCUUAAGGUAUCUGUGAGUUAAUAGAAAUUUGAUAAAAUAUUCCAUUGUAAGCAAAUAAAAAUAAUUAUCUUUUCUCCCUAUCCAAACCCUCCAGAAUUCAGAACUCAGUAUUCUUUCUCUCAAGGCAAUUAUAGUCAUUUGCAUAAAUCCAAUGAGAAUCUGUUCUCCUUGUAACAGGACACCCUUAAGAACAUUGGCUGUAUUACUAAAGCUUUAACUGGAAUGUCAUAUUUGAGAGACACAUGCAUAGACUCAGAUAUGACUGGAGAACUUUAAGGAAUGAAGGUUGGCUUUAUGGAGUCAAUAAAGCUCCUUGGAAAUAUUGGCCUGAUACCUUGCUUAUAGAGUUCCGAGGGGCCUUACCAGCAGGCCAGGAGAGAGACGUAGACAUGCUGAAGGAGCUCCAGCUCUUCCUGUUGGGCAUCCUGCUGCUUGUCUGUGUCUUCUUCUACCAGCUCAACGUCAAGUCCAGCUGCCUCUUCUCCUGCCUUCCUCCCCAGAAGUCCCAGCAGGACCUGGGAGCCCUCCUGGGCCAUGGGCGUGGCAUUGUGUUCAUAGAGACCUCAGAGAGAAUGGAGCCAACUCCACUGGUCUCUUGUGCUGUGGAGUCUGCUGCCAAGAUUUACCCUGGGCAGCCUGUGGUGUUCUUCAUGAAGGGUCUCUAUGACACCACAUGGCUACCCUCAAACUCCACUUACCCAGGCUUUUCCCUCCUCUCAGCAAUAGACAAUGUUUUCUUCUUCCCUUUGGAUAUGAAAAGGCUGUUUGAAGACACACCAUUGCUUUCAUGGUACAUUCGCAUCAAUGCCAGUGUGGAGAGCAACUGGCUCCACGUCAGUUCUGAUGCGUCCCGCCUGGCCAUCAUCUGGAAGUAUGGCGGCAUCUACAUGGACACCGAUGUCAUCUCCAUCAGACCCAUCCCCGAGGAGAACUUUCUGGCUGCACAGUCUUCUCGGUACUCUAGUAAUGGGGUGUUUGGCUUCCUCCCCCACCACCCCUUCCUGUGGGAUUGCAUGGAAAACUUUGUUGAACACUACAAUUCAGAAAUCUGGGGCAACCAGGGUCCCAGUUUGAUGACGAGGAUGUUGAGGCUGUGGUGCAGACUUGGAGACUUCCAGGAGGUGAGUGACCUCAGGUGUUUGAACUUGUCCUUUCUACACCCCCAAAGAUUUUACCCCAUAUCCUAUCCGGAGUGGAGGCGCUACUAUGAAGUCUGGGACAAAGACCUGAGCUUCAAUGACUCAUACGCCCUGCAUCUGUGGAACUACAUGAACAAGGAAGGGAGGACUGUGGUCAGAGGAAGCAACACGCUGGUGGAGAACCUCUGCCGUAAACACUGUCCCAGGACUUACAGAGACCUGAUUCAAGGCCCAGAGGGCUCGGGGACUGGGACUCUGAGUGCAGGUAACAAAUAGAGGCAGCAUUGGGCUGUUG